AAAGUCGCGUCUGUGCGCGCGCUUGUUAAGAAGCGAGGAGCAAACCCGGACACGGACGCACGCGCCAUUCACUUUUAUUCAGAUCGAGCGGCACCUAAAACGGCGUAAAUAUGAGCACGAAAGCAGGAACGACGUCGGUUCUUUGUUGCCGAAGUCCUUUGACAAAGUCGUGAUUAAUGACAGAAAAAAUAGCGCCGUUGCGGAAAGAGCAUCGUCGUGCGUAAAAGAGUGCACGGAGAGUUUGGAGAGCGAGGGAGAUAGGGAGAGCGAGGGAGAGAUAGAGAGAGAGAGAGAGAGAGAGAGAGAGAGAGAGAGAGAGAGAGAGAGAGAGAGAGAGAGAGAGAGAGAGGAUGCAGCAAAGCGACAUGAUGGUGCAUCACAGUGCUUAAGGCACGAGAGAGAGAGAGAGAGAGAGAGAGAGAGAGAGAGAGAGAGAGAGAGAGAGAUCAGACUGCAGCUGGAGGGGAAAUAGCCCACCGUGGGAAAUUUUACGCCCUCCGGGUUUGAAUAACACAUCACCGCUUUUCAGCAACUGAGGAGCAACGGGAUUCUCUUCCUUCAUUCUAUCCGAAGCGCGCGGAAGCGAUCUCACGUUGGUUUCCAUCACUCUUACUACUGUUAUAUUGUUUUUUCGCUUCUAUGGGAGAAGGAUGGGAGCGCGGUUGGCUGUGUGAAGCCUCUCCGGGUGUGUGAGAAUUGCGCCGCCGCCAUGCAGCUCGUGCGGGUCGCGUGGGCUUUGGCAGGAGCGGCGCUCUGCUGUUCCCUUGUGCUUCUUCUCCACUCGCGCUUCCUCAAAGAAGGUCAGCUGGCGGCCGGGACUUGUGAGAUUGUGACAUUGGACAGAGACAGCAGUCAGCCACGGAGGACCAUAGCUCGGCAGACAGCCCGCUGUGCCUGCAAGAAAGGCCAAAUUGCCGGUACGACUAGAGCCAGCCCUGCCUGUGUGGACGCCCGUAUCGUGAAGACCAAGCAGUGGUGUGACAUGGUGCCAUGUCUGGACGAUGAAGGCUGUGACCUUUUGGUAAAUAGAUCAGGCUGGACUUGCACACAGCCUGGCGGCCGGGUCAAAACUACCACGGUCUCCUAACACUGGCCGAAGUUCUAACGGUGUGGAGAGCUUCACGUGGACUGUAUAGAAGCCCGACGAGCUCUUUGCUCCAGCCCGCCUGCUGUAGAUAACUUGCUGUCUGUCAUCGGCUCAACUUUCACCUCCAACUGCCUGUCUGUAGCUCCGCUUUGUAAAUGGGCAACGCCCCCUAGCGCCACGGAGGACAUACGUCCACACAACACCUCACACAGUGCACUCGAAAGCCUGCAAGACUGCUGCUUGUGAGGGGCCUUGUGUUCUUUAAGGCUCCCUGGAUGUCUAUACCAUUUUGCGAGGCCAGAUCUGAGGUUCUGCCCUGUGUGCUCUGUGAAUAGGCCUUCUGCUGGAGUCCACCUUUGGCACUCAAACAACUUUUUCUGACCAAAGAGGAAAAGUAACAAACAAACAGCUUAACAAACAAUACUUUAACAAACGGAGUUCAGAAAGGAAGGGCUGAACGAGGAGAAAUGAAUACACCGAGCCCUGUUAUCACACACCAAUGUCCACUAAUUUAAAGCACUGGCAUUGAAGAAUUGAGCAGUGCAAAUGAACUCAUCUAAAUGAACUAAAUUCCAGUAGUACCUUUAAUACUUUGCAUACAUUUUUUUUCCUUGAACUGAACCCACUGUAUUUUGAAACUGGAAAUAUAGGCACUGUAUACAUACAUUAUGUGUAUAAAGAAAUUGAGAUUUGCAUUUUUUUUUUUUUCAGUAGCAAACUUUGGGACAAUUUGCAAUAAGCAUGGUUGGUCACAGUUAAAGAGUACAAGCGUUGAUCAUUGUUGGACAAAAAAGUGAAUAUAUGAAAAAAUACCACCAUUUCAAAUUACCAGAAGAGGAGCCAAAAGUCAUUUUAAAAGGCCUACAGUUAUAUAUUUAACAGUUUUCUAUGUUGUAUCUUUGUAGAGAACCUUAUUUAACAUGAAUAACGUGGUGGGAAUGGCAGUGAUAGAAUGUGGAUAAUAAGCUGUGUUUCAUGCCGACCUGCAGCAGCCUGCUCUUUCUCCUGAAGCAGUAGCAGCUCUCCUUUUACACCCAUUUCACACACAUGUCCACUUCUUCUAUACUAAACAGAUGAAUGGAAAAAGGACAGCACACAGGGGGGGAAAAAAAGAAACGAGCGCUCACGGAGAACUGAACUUUAUAUCCCACUUUAGUAUGCGGGGGUCAUGAAAAUCGCUAUUUGCUAUCGUAUUGUAAAGGUGUAGAAAAAAAAAACCUGAGUCAUUUCUCUAUGGAUUUUAUCUAAUUUAUUUUUGUGCUUGUGUUUGUUUGCACAGUGCCACCAUCAGAGUGCUGACACAUACAGAGAGAGUUAAGAGAGUCUUAGAAUCAUUUACAUGAAAAUACUUUUUUAUUCUGAAAUAUUUUAAGAAUAAAUUAAAUAUGUGAAAGAAGAAAUGAGUUGCUAAAAUAGAAUUUUAAUAUGCAAAGGUUAUGUUUGAAGCUGCUGACCUUUUGACCUGAAACAAAACAAAACGAAAAAAUGCCUUUGCUGUGGUGUCUACGUUUGGAUAAAGAAGAGCUGAUAUGCACCGAUGCCUGUGAUGUUAGCGUAAAAUUCAUCAACAUAGAUUGUGAUCAAGAUUUCUGAACCAACGGAGGGUUAUCACACACAUUACCCCAAAUCCCCAGCAAAAAUACAGUGACUCAUGAGUGUCUUUGGGGAAAUUGUAAACUCUUUACACAAAAUAGCGCUUAUAAGAUUGUUUUUUUCCUUUAGAGGUGAUGCAUAAUUAAAAAAAAUUGGAACAUAAAUUAUGUUAGAAAUGGCAUCCGUUUUCCUACAUCAAGUGACAGGUUUAAUAUAUUCAAAAUUAACACAUAUAUUUAUACACUUACAUUAUGCAAUUACGGGUAGAACAUGAGAACUGUGAAAUUUGCUCUGGCAGCCCUAGUUUCUGGACACACUGGUGAACAAACACAUAAAUACACACAUAGUCACGACUCACUACAUUUACAUGGUUAAAAGUUAGAUACAACGAGAAGCUCAGUAACUUUUUGUCCUGAUUAAUCCCCAGCAGCAAUAGAACAGGACAUGGUGUUACAUUAUAAAAGUCUGGGGGUCACGUCACAGAAUCAGACGAAGACCGAAGCCUGAGGCAUACACAUGCUAUUCUGUUGGAAAUCUCUAACCGCGAUUAAUGCCUCCAGCCAGGGAGGCCCCAGAGCACACACACA